AUGACUGACAUCUACGAGUCGGCGGCGAACUCUCUGGGUCUGUUCAGCAGUCCGUGUCUGACCAAAGUGGAGCUGCGGCUCACCUGUAAAGGAAUCUCCGACCGCGACGCUCUGAACAAACCCGACCCAUGCAUCGUGCUCAAGAUGCAGUCGCACGGCCAGUGGAUGGAGGUGGACCGUACUGAGGUGAUCCGUAGCUGUGUGAAUCCGUCCUACUCGAAGGUUUUCACUCUGGACUUUUAUUUUGAAGAGGUGCAGCGUUUGCGCUUCGAGCUGUUCGACAUCAACAGCGGCUACAACGGUCUGCGAGAGGCCGACUUCCUGGGAUCAGUGGAGUGCACGCUGGCACAGAUCAUCUCUCAGAGGAAACUGUCCAAAGCUCUGCUGAGACCAGGAGGAACUGUUGGGAAAGCUAUUAUCACGAUCUCAGCAGAGGAGCUGACGGGGAACGACGACUACAUCGAGCUUUCCUUCAGCGCCAGGAAACUGGAUGACAAGGACUUCUUCAGUAAGUCUGAUCCGUUCCUGGAGAUCUAUCGUCUGAACGAUGACGCAACGAUGCAGCUCGUCUACAGAACAGAGACUGUGAUGAAUAAUCUGAACCCAGUGUGGAAAACCUUCAAAGUGUCACUGAACUCACUCUGCAGCGGAGACCAUGAACGCAAGCUGCAGUGCACCGUGUGGGACUGGGACUCCAACGGGAAACACGACUACAUCGGAGAGUUCGAGGCGACGUUUAAAGAGAUGAGAGGAGCCAUCGAUGGGAGACAGGUUCAGUGGCCGUGCAUUAACCCCAAAUACAAAGUGAAGAAGAAGAAUUACAAAAACUCCGGGAUCGUCAUCCUCAACCAGUGCAAGAUCAUCAAGAUGCACUCCUUCCUGGAUUACAUCAUGGGAGGCUGUCAGAUCCAGUUCACAGUAGCCAUCGACUUCACAGCGUCUAACGGAGAUCCUCGUAACAGCUGCUCUCUGCACUACAUCCACCCGUACCAGCCCAACGAGUACCUGAAGGCUCUGGUUGCUGUGGGAGAGAUCUGCCAGGACUACGACAGGUCUCACAUUUGA